AUGAGCGACGAGGUCAAGAGCAUGGGGUCCGCAUCCGCGGACACGGCGCUUGACAACGGCUCCAGCUCCCACGGCACCGGCGGCGGCGGCGCUCCAACGACGGACCAUGCCAGCAUCGUGAAUGGCAGCGGCGACGACGCCGACGCCAUUGUGCUGCGGCGCAAGAAGCCCAUUGCCGGCUGGCGCCUCGCCAUCAUAUUCGCAUGCGUCGGCAUGGGCCUCUUCCUCUCCCUCCUCGACGCCACCGUCGUCGCCACCAUGCUCGUCGACAUUUCCGCCGAGUUUCAAGACUUUAAAACCUCUUCCUGGGUCGUCUUGGCCUAUACCCUCACCGAAGUUGGCUUCGCCGUCGCCAUGGCGCGCCUCUCCGACGCCCUCGGCCGCAAGACCAUCGUCUGCACCUCCUUUGCCAUCUUCCUCGCCGCGUCCAUGGGCUGCGCCGCCUCCGCCAACCUCGACCAGCUCAUCGGCUUCCGCGCCGCGCAGGGCGUCGGCGGCGCGGGGCUCUACUCCAUGGCCAUGAUCACCUACCCGGAGCUGAGCCCGCCGUCGCGCGUCGUUCUCGUCACGUCGGCCCUCGGCGUCAUAGUCGCCCUCGCGGGCGUCUGCGGGCCCGUCAUUGGCGGGCUGCUGACGACGUAUGUCGGCUGGCGUUAUGUGUUCUGGAUAAACGCCCCGUGUGCGUUCGUCCCUGGCGUGCUGCUGCUGUUCCUCUGGCCCAAGGACUACCAGCUCUUUGUCAAGAUUGACAUGCGCCGCCUCGACUACCUCGGCGCCGUCCUCAUCCUCGCCGCCACCGUCCUGCCCGUCUUCAUCAUCAACCAGGCCGCCAUCCGCGACUACGCCUGGCGCAGCGCCACCACAAUCUCCGUCCUCGUCCUCGGCGGCCUCUGCUGGGUCGCCCUCGUCCUCUGGCAGCGCCAGCUCGCCCGCGACGCCCGCUUUCGCCACAUCCGGCCCCAGCUGCCCUUUCACAUCCUCACCACCCGCGUCAUGCUCGCUGCGAUAUUCGACACAUUCCUCUCCGGCUUCGUCCUCCUCCUCGCCAUCAUCAACAUACCCCUCCGCUCCCAAAUCGUAAACCUCUACGGGCCCGUCAAGGCCGGCGCUCUGCUCCUCCCCAUGAUGGGCGGCGGCGCGGCCGGUUGCGCCCUCGGCGGCGCCCUGUCACUGCGCCGCAACAACACUUUUCCCGUGCUCGUCGCCGCCAGCGCCAUCCUCACCAUCGCCUCGGGCGUCCUCUCCCGCCUCCCCGACGGCAUCAAGCCCCCCGCGUGGCAGUGGGGUCUCGAAGUCGUCCUCGGCCUCGGCAUAGGCUUGAAAAUCUCUAGCACCACAUUCCUCGCCGUCCUACAAUCUAGUUUCGAGGAUCACGCCAUCUCGCAGGGCAUCAUUGCGCAGAUGCGCGUGUUCGGCGGCAGCCUCGGCGUCGCCAUCAGCAUUAUUGUCCUCAUCACCAAGAUCCAAAACGGACUCGAGGACACCCUCACGCCAGAACAGCUCGCCAGCUUUUACCGCUCGCCGCUGGCCCUCUUCCAGUUUGGCCCGCAGCAGCAGCUUCUCGCGCGGCAGGCCUUCAUCGACGCCUUCCGCGUGGACAUGUAUAUCUGCGUCGGCGUGUCGAUCGCGUCGCUGCUGGUGGCGCUGUUUACGUUCCAGCGGCAUCCGCCGUCAGUCCAGUCCAAGCUGGCAGACUUGGAAAAGGAGCUGUCGAGGGGUGCGCCGCUGACAGACGCCCCGGAAACGGCAGAAGCAUGA